AUGUCAGUGGCUACAGCUCCGCUAGGACCGCGUACCAUGGCCCAAAAUGCAACAGCUGACUCUUCGGGGUCAACCUGGAACGAUCCUUUCCACAGUGUGGACAUGAGGUUGUACCCGAGAUUAGCAUUGUUCGAAGCCCUAGCUGGAUUUAAAGAUGCCCAUGGGCCAUGGGAAUCAUCCGGCGACGGUAUUUGCGAAGCUCGCAGAGAUUUUAUGGACUCCUUCGCCUACCCCUACGACACCCGAAAAGGUGGAGCAACCGUGACUGCCACCGGAUUACAAAAACUUCUUCACGGUAAUAUCCUCUCGCUGGCGGCGAACGAGGGCAUUAGUAAAAGACAUCCCAAGUUUACGUAG